CGGCAGCAAUACAAUUGCAUGUCCUGAGCAUUUGUCUUGCACUCGGAGCUAUAGCUUCUUUCCAGGAAAACGUUGAAAACAUGAAUUUCAGAAGAAAGACUUCGGUUAUUGUCGGACAUCUGAUCAAGUCAAAUGACAGUCAUAGCUAUGACAAUAUCAAGAUCGCACUUUGGAGGCGUUCUCAUGGGGAGUUGCGGACAGUCGAUAUGUCAAAACAUUAUCAAUCGCGGUUGGUACUACCCUUGAAGAUAAUAUUUGAUAGUCUUGAAACCUGCUUCAACUCCCACGAGAUAACGAAGUUCAGCUCGUCACUUGUCAAGACAUAGGAGGAAGCAGCGCCGUGUCAUCUACCGAGUCCAGAGAAGCAAAAGCCAUAAAGACUACAGGGAUUAAUUCUCUCGGUGAUCCAAGUCACUCAGAUGCAGCCCGAAGUUCGGAAAGAGAUGAUCACAUCAGGGGAUGCUUGCGUGGUC